CGGUGAUCGACGAUAGUCCAUGGAUGUCUCUUCAUUUGCCAACAUGUCAUCUUAUUUUGUAGCAUGCAAUUUCUACUACAACUAUCGCUGACGGUUUUCUACGUGCUCGCAAGAGAAAGAGUGCAAAAAAUGGAACAAGAAUGUCUGAGGAAGUGCCGCGAGCGGGCUACCCAACACCAUGUUGGUGAGGUACGAUUUUUGCAUGCUCUGUCUGACUAUCAAGUGUUUACUCACUUGCCUCUUGAGUCGCCCUCAAGUAACAAGUAAAGAGUCUACUUCAAAGGUAAUGAUGAAAAUCAAUAAAAAAAUGAAGAACUGCUCCUUUGCCUGCAUAAAGUAAUGAAGUACAAAAUGGAAAUACAUAAAUAUAAUUGAUAAUUGUUCGGUUCCACGUAAGUGUUUUGCCUCCAGAAAGAAUUGGUCGUCUGGGAGAAAAUAGACAUAGUGCAGACAUCUUGUGUGCAAAAAAGUGUAAAAACAAAUAAAAAAAUACUCUUUUCGAAUGCAAAUAUGUAAAUGUGUGAAUUCACCAGAAGUUGGACUCCUCAUUAAACCUGACCAAAUGUAUGACCUUGAGCCUAUGAUGACCGCUUUUUAUAACCGGGUACGUAACCAAGGAUUAAACUUGCACUGAUCUUCAAUUAACUUGUAAUAUUGGGUCCUGUGAUUCUGGAAGUACAACUGUCUUUUAGUGGGUUAUCUGUAGUCUGUAGUGGCGAAACUGUGAUUUUACGAAGGCCUCUUUCGAGUUCCAAUAUACUGGAGUAUACUCUUUAGGAUACAACCCGCAAAAUUAAUAAUUUGUCAACUAAAAUCUAUAUUCCAAAAUAGAUGGCCGUACACAUGGGUGCGUUGUAAAUAUUUCUAUUUGAAUUCUUGUCAGAGGUACCAAGAUGGUGUUGUACCACGCCUAUAUAAUGGCCGUCUUGCACUUUACGAAGAUUACCAGUCUUUUGGUGUAGGUUAGAAGCCGCUCAAAUCUUGUGACUCGAGGUCUAAAUUCAAUAUCGUCAUUACAUGAUAAUUUAAGUCUUUUUAAAUAAUUGAUUAUAGUUUUCAUCAUAAUCCUGUUUUAAAACUUUUAGAUAUCUGAUAGUGGAUGGGCAUCCUGUUCAUCUGAUUGAGUCCAAGAUACUCAUUUGUUUUAUGGUCUUUGAUAUUCUUCUCAACGUUUCAAGUUUUGCUUUCCCUAACUGAUGGAGGAUGACUUACAGCGUAAAGUCAUCAAACAACGUUUAAAGCAGUUUUAUGGAAGUGAUACAAACAACUCACUGGUUGAUCAGAAUGAUCCCUUAAAUAUUGACAGUCCAUCCUUCGAUCCACAGUUGUACUUGGAUAGAAGUUUUAAGACUAGAGACCUUUCUGACCUAAUAUCCGAAGAAAAGGCCUUAACUGAUCAAAUUCGCAGUCUGGAUUCCGACAUGCAAACUCUAGUAUAUGACAAUUACAGCAAAUUCAUUAGUGCGACCGACACCAUUAGGAUGAUGAAAUCUAAUUUCAGCUUCGUCCAGGCCGAAAUGAAUUCAUUACUUCAAAAUAUUGCCUCCAUUGUUUCAGUUUCUGGUGCGAUUAAUGGAAAUUUAGCUGACAAGAGAAAGAAACUGAGCACACUGACAACUACCCAGUUGACUCUAAACAAACUAAACUACUUGGUUGAACUCCCAGUCAGCUUAAGGAAAUAUAUGAACAAGUGUGAUUGGGAUCAAAUUGUACUUGACCUUAAUAAGGCGAAGUACAUUUUAAAGAGUUAUCACAAUACUCCAUCUUUUAAAAAUAUUCGAGAGGACUGCGCUGAGAUAGUAUCGGAAAUUUGUUCGAAACUAUGGCGUCAAUUUGAUGAGUCUAGAGAUAUAGCUGAGUGUUCUAAUCGUCUAAAAAUUCUGCAGCAGCUUGGUUUCUCGAGACUAAAAUUGUCAAGAGCGAUAUUACGUUUGGCUAAACGUCAAGUAUCUCAACGUUUAGCUUAUAUUAAGACUUUGGUGUGUGAAGGAGACAAGCGAAGUGUUCAGAGAGAAGAAACUGCUGGUUCUGCUGAAAACAUUGCGAAUCCAUUUGUCCAAGAGUCUUCCUCUGAAGAAAUGGACGUGUUAUACUUCGCCAAUCUCAUAACGGAUUCUGUCCUCAUUAAGCUUUCUGAAUUUAUUGGACUACUGGCCGAUUUUUAUUUUACAAAGUCAGAUGAAAGUGAACCUAUGGAUACUAUUUUGGAUAUUAUUUCUGGUAAAACAGAAAAUAGUGCCUCAGAAACCGAUGAUGGUUCUUUUGAGGAAAAUUUGUCAAGUUUAGUUGAAGAACUGAUGCAUGAAUUUUUUAUUUUGGUUCGAACUCGUUUUGAAUCGGAGAGCACAAAUAAUGAUGUCAAUUUAUUGAUAAGAGCUUUGGAUCGUAUCCACUGUCGAGUACAGACCUUUAAUCGGUCACUGUUAACAUCAGUUACUUCUGUAGAUUUUGAAGGUGUGCUAUUGGAUGAUUUAAGUCCUGAAUCUCUAUCUAUAGUGAAUCGAUUUUCUUUACUUACUAAUCAGUUUUCAAACUCGGCUUUGGAAAUAAUUAAUCAAGUUGCUCGAAUGCAAACUACUUAUUACUUUGAUAUAUUAUGUCAAAAUGCAGUUGAAUCAUUUACGGAUCUCCGACAUAAACUGGCUAGUCAUGGACUACAAACAUCCAAUUUAACUAACGAAGAAAUCAACAAAGUGAACAAGACGGGAAAUAACAAUCAUCAACUUUCAUCACUUUUAGAUGCUCUCAGUUCGUCACUUGUUUCACAGUUGCGCAAUGUACUAAAAGCGGAAGAGGCUUUUCUUAGUACUAAUAGUACAUUUUCUAGUAGACCACAAUUUCGUAAUUCAUUCUGCAUUGAUCAAAUUAGAGAAGGACUUAUCGUUGGUUACUUAAAUUUUCUUGUUCAAUUUCUUAGUGAUCUAGCUAAGACAGCUGUAUGCAAAAUUCCGGGUCCUAUUUUACUAACACUUGGAAAAUUAUGUUUAAUGUGGGCUGAUUCUGGUACAGUCGGACAUUUGAUUUCUCUGGCCGACGAUUUUAUGCUUUUCGGCUCACAAACAAAAGAACCAAAAAAGGAAGAUUUUAAUACAGAGAAUGGUAACAGAUCACUCACUACUCCAAAAGAUGUAUCAAAUCGUUUCAGGUCUGCUGGUAACGAGCUUCUAGUUGCUUUUGUUCGCUUAGAAGGGACAAAUUUGGCACAACUACUUCGAAAAAGUGUUGAAGCAAGGGAUUGGCUGAAAAAUUUGGAACCACGUACAGUCCGUUCUGCAGUUAAAAGAGUGAUAGAAGAUUUAGUAUCACUAGAUCAACAAGUCAGCCAGCUGUUUUCAUCAAAUGCUCGUAAUCGUGAUCGUAUUUCUGAUUCACGUUCCAGUCGUAGUCUACGACCUAACACUUCAUCACAUCUUAUAGACGCUACACGAACUGGAAGUUCAAGUCAAGGAUUUCAUUCUCCUGACUUAGAUCCAACUCUAGCUACUCAUUUACGCCGUUUAUUUACGCAAAGAGUUGAUAUUUUUACUGCAGUUGACGCAAAUCGGGAAUCAUUACUUUUGGGUGUCAUUAAAAUAGGUUUAAAGACUUUGAUAGAGUGUGCACGUUUGCAAACAUUUGGCCGUUACGGUUUACAACAAAUACAAGUUGAUUGCCGAUAUUUACAAAUUCAUUUGUGGCAUUUCGUAAAUGAUGAAAAGCUUAUUUGUAUGUUAUUAGAAGACGUGAUCUACAGUGUUGUUCAGCGUUGCAUUGAUCCAUGUUUCAUGGAAGAGAGUGUUGUCGAAGCGAUUUGUGAUCGAGCAUAAAGUUAUUUAAUUAUUGCUUAAUUCUCGAUAAUAAUCGUUUUGUUCUCUCGAGUUGAAGAAGAAAAUAAUCGAUGUGUAACUUCACUUGUUUUGGUGAUAUUCUUUCCUUGUGGGAUAUUUUCAUCCGUUUAUUAUUAUUAUUAUUGUUAUUAUUCUCAUCAUUGUUGAAUAAUGAUCCAUAUUUCUUGGUAUAGGAAAAAGUUAAAUUUAAAAAUUCUAAUUGUAAAUUAUUUGUCAUAUUGUGAAAUGUUACAAAUCCCCGUUUUGUUUUUUUUUUAUUAUUUUUGUACUGAGAAUUGUUUAGCUGUGUUUUCCGAUACUUCAAUGUGAUACUUUUUGUUUUAUAAAUUUUCUUUAACUAACUUUGAUGUUAGUUUGAAUUUUCAUAAAUGUUUACUAAUUUGUUUUUGUUGAAAUAAUAAACGUUCAUGGUCUCACCUUUUUAUGUGGUAUUACCUUUGAACGGCGAUUUCCUCGCGAAAUCGCUUAAGUGUGGUAAGAAUGGUCGAUUAAUUGACAUUCAGGUUAAACGUAUAGAUCGUAAAUCUGUAUCAACUUAUGGUAAAAACACCAUGCUCCCAGGAGUUGGACAGGACAGUGAUUAAGUCAGUUUGCAACACCUACCACCAAUGAAAUCCAUGACCGUCUAAUUCUAGUAGAUUAGCCUGAGGUACAUUGGCAAACAUCCUUCUAGACUUAAAUAAACUAGUCUCAGAAAAGAAUAUAAGAUUGUUGCAGAUCAUUAUAUUCUCAGAGUAUUUUAUCAAGAUGACACGAAGGUAACAGUUGGAUUAUUAUAUGUCUAUUAUCAAUCUCUUUAAACCUAAAAAUGCUUCAACCACAAACCAACAAAGUCGAAAUGCGUCGCCAAAAAUUGAGCACGCAUUCCAAUUAAUAAGUAAAAAAAUCAUGACUUGCAAGUAUCUCACUUUUCCUAUUACUAUCAUGACAAUAAAGUAAACCAUACUAUUAAUAGUUCACAUCUGUAAAAUUUUUA